UGUGCAAGGGUGUGCAUCUACAGGCAGAUGGACGAGAUGCAGAGUUACGAGAACAAGACCAUCAGCUCUUUACCGCCUGAGCUGCUUUUCCGGGUAUUUGGCUACCUCGAUGCGGAUUUCCUAGCUCGCUGCGGUGCUGUUUGCAGAGGAUGGAAUGCUUUGGCAAAUCAUGAUAUCUUGUGGAAAGAACUGUGCCGAAAGCGAUGGGAAAGACUUCGCCAUCUCCCCCUCGCAAUCCAUCCACGAGUGGACUUUUCAGAUCCAGACUUGGCGCGAAGUUUAAGUGUGGCCGAGGUUUUGGAUAUUUUACGGCGACGUGGAGUGAAUCGUCCACGAGGGGCACUGGAGAAAUCUGACUUGCUCAAGCUACUACACGACACCAGACCCUCAGGGAGCCCUCCUGGCCGCUGGACGGGGAAAUGGAAGAGCAGCUAUAUUGUAGCGGAACUGGAUCUUGACCGGACUCGGUUGACAUUCCAUGAAGUGUCUAGUAUGGAGUGGAAAUUCGAGUUUACGUCCGGAACAAGUUGGAAUUACAUGAUGGAUGGGGAGGGUCAACCGAGCACCACCAAGGCGCUUUUUCGCGCGGAUGGAGUCUACGUAAACCCUGCUCUCCAGGUUGACGGCUUUCGCUGGCGGAUGACACCUUACGGGGGCGUCCAGGUGGAGGAUUAUCCUCCUCACAGGCCGCAGAGAACGAGAGACGGUGGUUGGAUCUUGUCGAACGGAUAUUUCACUUAUAGAUCAAUAGAUAGAGGGACCCCAGCGGAGUGAGUGUUCCCAGUGAAGUGAUACCUAGCGCGUAGUCACAGGAAAUUUUAAUAGCCUUGUAUAUUUUGGAAGAGACCCCCUAUUAGAGCCGCGUUAGUGUAGACGUUGAGACGUUGAGCGGAAGUGCGAAGGAAACCUAUGAGCAUAUUCAAGUGUGCUCAUUGCUUCAUCAUAUUGGCCUUUGCAAGCAAUCGCUGAAAGCCACAACAAGAGUUGGUACAUUAGCAGAUGCAGAUGACGGGUGCUACAUAUCAAACUUACCUCCGCCCAUUUCACAACCGGCUAUCAUACAAAGA